AUUAAUCCUUACCUUUCGAAAGCAAGCCAUUUGUUCCCGGUGCCAGCCUCCUCUAGCCAAGAGGUCUGCCAGGUAGCAAUGGGUGACAUACGUCAAUCCUUGUUGCCUCGUGAUGUUCUGAGUGCUGCCAAGGAGCUGCUGUACCAUUUGGACAUAUACAUCAGCAACCUGGUGCAGUCGGGGAGGCAUCCUCCUCAAGUGGACACGAAAACCUUGGAGCUUGUGGAAGAAUUUAUUCUGCAUGCACCUAAGGACAGAAACGCACUCACCAGGAGAAUGAGUGCACUUCAGGAGCUCCAACUAUUGGAGAUAAUGUGCAGCUGUUUCCAGGAACAGAGCCGCGAUACUGUUCGUCAUCUUAUGUUUUCCGCCCUCUUCAGCCUCCAAGGAAACCAGGCAGAUGACAACCGCAUGGGACUGCUAGGCAAGCUGGUCUCUAUGGCAGUUGCUGUAGGCAGAGUUCCCAUUUUAGAAUGUGCUGCCACCUGGCUGCAAAGAACCCAUCGGGUAUACUGUGUUCGCCUGGCGCAGGUUCUGGUAGAUGACUACUGCAGCAUGAUGCCAGGUUCAGUUCCUACUUUACAGAAUAUUCACAGUGCCAGUCCUCGCUUCUGCUGCCAGUUCCUCACUGCAGUUGCCACUCUCUAUGACUUCACCUCAGAGGAGCUCAUUCCUCCCCUAGAGCUCCUCCAGAUGAUUGUGUCAUGGAUCCAAGAUGACCCUCACCUUGUUCUGGUCAACUUCCUGAAUGCUCCACUGUCAGGCAGCCAGCCAAUCACCUCACUCGAUGUUACGCCUCUAGGUGGGCUGGUGCACUGGUGUGUCAAAGCACCACUAGGCUACAGGAGGGAUAAAAAGCUGGCGUCUCCACACAGCAGCUGCAAGCAUGAGCAGGAAGUAGCGGAUCUUUUCUCAGCACUCCAUUUGAGUGUCCUACAGGUCUUUAUGCUCUUGCCAAACAUACUCAAUGAGAAAGGCAUUUUCGGUCGCCUGGCACUCCUUCAAAUGGAUUCCUUGGCCUCGCUGACUUCUGAUCUUUCCCGGCAAUUGGACCAGGCCGACAAACACGCACACAGGUCAACGGCUGACAUACAUGCGCUAACACAGCUAGCUCUGGACAGGCUGGCUCAGGCCCUGCAGGUUGCCAUGGCCAACGGAGCCUUGCUGUGUUCAAGAGAGGACCUGAGAGCCAUCUGUUCACGCCUCCCUCACAACAAUUUACUCCAGUUGGUGUUGUCGGGUCCAGUGAUGUACUACAGCAGCAUCCACACGCCCCCUCUGGCCUUUAGCCCACACGCAUCCCACUCACCCAUUGCCUCACACCCCAUCCAUGCCCCCCACACCCCGGUGGCCUCCCAUCCCCAGUACUCAGCGCAGCCCUUCAUGACAGGAAUACCAUUCCCCUUCCGACACAACCACUGAAGAAAAAAACGUUCUUAUUGUUAUUACUCUUUUCAUGAAAAGGAGAUGACGACACACAAUUCAGGAACAAAAAGAAGGCAAUAAUCACCGAAGAUAAAUACAUUUAUAAAGGGAAGAAUAAUUAAAAGCUGGCCGGCCAGAACAAAUGUCCCCGAGUAGUGUUUUUUUUUUUUUCUUGGCAGCUGUGUUAUCUGUUUAUGGCCUUGCUUCAGAGAAGAAGCUGGGGAUUUUCUUUUCUCAUCCAAGUAUUGACAUUUUUAUGUAAUAUUAUCUCUUUUAUCUACUACACCUUAUUGCUUUUUCCUUUAAUUUUAAAUUUUGAAAUAUUCCCAUUUCUGG